UAAAUACGGUAGUGCGGGGCAGGUACAAUGAUUUAUUCGCGAAGUUUACGUCACAUCAGCUGAUUGUUGUGAACAAAACGCGCGAUUUCCGUAUGUGAUUGAAUGUCGCCCUAUAGUCGUUACAGGCCCUUGUCGCCGGGCUCAGAAGCGGGGUUCGCCGCGGUUCUGAACGGUGGAUCAGCGUCGGCUUCUGCUCAUAGUGCUUGUAGGUUUCUGAGAUGGAUUUCGAAGUUUGGGCAACAGCCUGUUAAUAAAGUGGGCUUAGGGGUCUUGGACAUGACCGCCACGGAGAACACCGUCCGUUUUAGCGUCCAUACCCUGGACAAGGCCACCAAAGCCAAAGUAACCCUAGAAAAUUAUUAUAGUAAUCUCGUUGCGCAGCAUGUCGAGCGAAAACAAAGGUUAGCUAAAUUAGAAGAGUCUCUCAAAGACGAGAGCCUCUCGGAAGAACAAAGACACGAAAAACGCUUGCAGCAUGCCCAAAAAGAAACAGAGUUCCUUAGACUGAAACGUUCCAGAUUGGGCGUCGAAGAUUUCGAACCCCUCAAAGUGAUAGGCCGAGGGGCGUUCGGCGAAGUCCGGCUGGUACAAAAAAAGGACACCGGACACGUGUACGCGAUGAAAAUCUUACGGAAGGCGGACAUGCUAGAAAAAGAACAAGUGGCUCAUGUCCGAGCCGAACGGGACAUUUUAGUCGAAGCCGACCACCAAUGGGUAGUCAAAAUGUAUUAUAGUUUUCAAGACCCAAUCAACCUCUACCUGAUAAUGGAAUUCUUGCCUGGGGGCGACAUGAUGACGCUCCUAAUGAAAAAAGACACCCUUUCCGAGGAAUGUACGCAAUUUUACAUUGCAGAAACGGCUUUAGCAAUAGACUCGAUACACAAGUUAGGAUUUAUACAUAGGGACAUCAAGCCUGACAAUUUGCUGCUAGACGCCAAAGGCCACCUCAAGCUGUCCGAUUUCGGGCUGUGCACCGGCCUCAAAAAAUCGCACCGGACAGAUUUUUAUCGGGAUUUAAGCCAAGCAAAACCUUCUGAUUUUAUUUCAUCAUCAGUAAUUACUUCGUCGCCGAUGGAUUCGAAACGUCGCGCCGAAAGUUGGAAAAAGAACCGAAGAGCUUUGGCUUACAGUACAGUCGGUACUCCUGAUUAUAUAGCGCCGGAAGUUUUCCUGCAAACCGGUUACGGUCCGGCUUGCGAUUGGUGGUCACUAGGUGUGAUUAUGUAUGAAAUGUUGAUCGGGUAUCCGCCGUUUUGUUCGGAAAAUCCUCAGGACACGUACAGGAAAGUGAUGAAUUGGCGCGAAACGUUGAUUUUUCCUGCCGAAGUGCCGAUUUCCGAGGAGGCAAAGGACACUAUAAGAAAAUUCUGUUGCGAAGCAGAACGAAGAUUGGGAUCUCAAAAAGGUCUGGACGACCUCAAAAAUAUGGUGAGUUUCUUCAGGGGCGUAGACUGGGAGCACAUCCGAGAACGACCAGCCGCCAUUCCGGUCGAAGUGCGAUCGAUAGACGACACGUCAAACUUUGACGAUUUCCCUGAUGUCAAAUUAGAAAUUCCUUCCGCUCCAAUUCAACAAGAAGGCGAAAUCACUUACAAAGAUUGGGUGUUUAUCAAUUACACGUUUAAAAGGUUCGAAGGUCUGACGCAAAGGGGUACGCCCAAGAAAAACUAGUUGUCCAAUAGGUCUGAGCAUAGGUUUUUGCUUUUUGAUUGAGCUGUGAGAAGCUGCAGCUCAGAAGGGUGCGUUUGAUGAUUAGAGUAAAGACGAAAGUACAAAAGAGUUGAAAUAUUGAUAAGAGGAUAUUUUAUUUUUUUUGCUAGUUGAGUCAAUUUUGGUGAUAUUUAAGAGUUCGUCCUAAACCAAGCAUUGACAUUGAAAUCAAAGGCACCCUUCAGAGCUUCGAGGUGUAAAUGUUAAUUUGUUUUAUUGUUACAAAGUGAUACUUUUUUUUAAUUAUUUUAGAUUGUUUUUUUUUUUUUUUUAACUUAUAGACACUUGUAAAUCCUUGACCGGGUGGUUAAGUUUCGGGUCGGGGAAAGCUAUUUUGUCAUAGAAUAUUUUCCGAAAUUUAAAAUGGCACCCUAUUUUUAGGUCAUACGUAAAAAUGUUUCUGUCAGUGAGAUCUUGUUUCUAAUGUAAAUUCCAGUGGCGUGCAGGCCCAAUAAAAAUCUUGCACGCUACUGGACUAGUCUCAAUUUUUUUGUUAAAAAAACAAGUAGCAUUUAAUUAAAUUUAUAUAAAUGGUGUCUACCUUUUAUAAUAUUAAAUUAUGUAAUAGCUAUUUACCUAAUAAGUGCGGAAAAUGAACUUUUCCGCACGCGGCUGUCGUUCGGUGAAGCAGCCGAGAGCGGAAAAAUAUAUUUCCUACAGCUGUGCGGAAAAAUCGAUUUUCCGCACUGAUAUGCGGGCGGAAAAUGAGUUUUCCUGCACGGUGCGGUGAACCGCACGCAUAUCAGUGCGGAAAAACUCACGGCUGUCAGUGCGGAAAAAGUUUUACCACAAAAAAAAAAAAAUCUACAUUUUUACGCCUGUAGGAAAAAUAUUGUACCUAACACUUGCGGAAAAUAUUUUUUCUACUUCCGUGCGUAAAGUGCUCACUUUACGCACUAUUCAGAAAACGUAAAAUUACACUUUACGCACUAGUGCGUAAAGUAAUUUCUUUCACACACUAGUGCGUAAAGCGUAAAGUAAUAUCAAUGACAGAUGUCGACACUGUCAAUUUAGUAUUUUUCUGGUAAAUUACUUCACGCACUAGUGCGUAAAGUAUUUCUCUAAAUCUAUUUUACACAUAUUUGAUUGGUAGUAGAAAAAAUUUUGUAUGCAAUACGUGCGUAAAGCACCUUUUUUUACUCAUAAAUAAAUAAAUAAAAUAAAUAAAUAAAUAAAUGUGAUUGUCGCACUCGCCUUCGGCUCGUGCGUUCACUUUACACACUUGUUGCAUAAAUAACUAUUUCCGCCCUCGGCUGCCUCACCGAACUUCGCUACGCGUCGUUGGGUGAACGGCAGUCGCGUGCGGAAAAAUUCAUUUUCCGCACUCGUUAGGUAAAUAGCUAUUCCGCAAGUGUCAGGUACAAUAUUUUUCCUACCAGCGUAAAAAUGUAGAAUUUUUCUUUUUUUUUUGACAGCGUGUGUAUUUCAGUGGAAAAGCACAUUCUCAGCCUUCGGUGUUGGCCGGCCUUGGCUACGCCUCGCUUGUCAACUUACACCGUCGACCGAGAAUGUGUCACUUUUCCACCUAAAUACGGUAAAAUUUUUUAAUUUUCCGCACGGAUAUCAGUGCAGAAAAUUGAUUUUUCCGCACGGCUAUAGGAAAAAUACUAUUUACAGUAAAAGUCACGAACGGAAACAAAUAGCUCUCUAAUUUUGUUAUUUAUUUUGAGCAUCGUAAAUGACAAAACUUGUAAUUUCCUCCGAUUGUUAUUAUUCCUUGUAGGUUGGUCUCGCUAACAGGACUUUGUAUUGUAAAUAAUUAUGUUUAUUACUUUCUCUGACAAUUGUGUAAAACUAAAAAUUAUGGAAUAAAUAAUAAUGUGCUUUAAAU